ACUUUUUCAGCUUGGGAGCUACUUUUAAAAUGACCACGUCCAAAUGAUCUACCAACAGGGCCACCCCUGCCCUGUGUCGUGAGUGGGGGGGGGUGCUAGUGGACUAAACGGCGGAUAAACUGUAGCGCAUUUGCGCUUCAGAUGAGGAGAUGGCUACUCUUCUGUGAGCAGAUCAGAUCAUCAGAUGGAGCUGGACUCCUCUUCACUAACCUGCCUCACGGUGCUUUGUCUGCUCGGAGCUGCAGAAGUCUCCAGCCUCGAAAACAACACUUGCUGUCCAGAUAUUCCCAAAGUGCCUAGAACUAAACGUCCCGAGGUCGCCUGCUUCCAAAUUAACAGCACAUUCCGAUACGCGUGCAUAGAUGGCUAUGUGAGGAAGUCGGGAACAUCUAAUCUCCUCAAAUGCAAACAAUCUAAUGGCACAUCCUUCAUUUACACCCCCUCCACAGGCGCCACAUUUGAGUGUAUACUUGACCCAAAGAGAACCACAGCACCCCCCAAGAGCACAGCAACAAGUAAGUCGGGACCCACCCAUGUCCAUAUCCCCCAUGAAUCCACCGUUUCCUCCACAGUCAGUGAGUUCUAUCUCAUUGACCCAAAGAGAACCACAGCACCCCCCAAGAGCACAGCAACAAGUAAGUCGGGACCCACCCAUGUCCAUAUCCCCCAUGAAUCCACCGUUUCCUCCACAGUCAGUGAGUUCUAUCUCACUUCCCGCAGUCUUCAGACCAGCCAGAGUAUACAGCCGUCAGCCCCCCUGAGUGCAGAGCCCACCUCCAGCUCCACCUUUUCCUCUCCUGCCCCGCCCGGAUCCUCCCAGGGGACGGUAGAUUCCAUGCCAGAGACCAAAGCAUCCACAUCGCACGGCACACUUUCCACCACGACUGAGGCGUCCAACAACGGGACAAUUACUCCGGGAAUGCUCUCCUCCACGACCCCCAGACUUGUGAUCGGCUGUGCUUCACUGGUGAUUUUCUGUGCUUUGGUGGGAAUCAGCUUCUUUUUCUAUAAAAGGAGGUCCAAAAACGAGAUCCCUCAGCAGACGGAUGAACAGAUGCCCAUGAAAAUGGAUCCACGUGACUGACAGGAGAAUGGGUUAUUAGACUGUGUAAAUCACAUGAAUGACGUAUGAAGUUAAACUGACUUUUUAAUGAGCAGAUCUCAACCAAAGAUUUCAUCUUCAUCUGAAGAACUUUAAUUGUUGAAGACUCUGUGAUCUUCUGGUGCUACAAGAUGUAGAUGUAUAUUGGUGAUAUUGUCUUCAAAUCCCAUGAAAUUACAAAAAGAAGCAAUUAAUCAAUUCCCAACUACAGGUAUGGUGUUUAUAGAUCUUAUUGCCUUGUGCCAGAGUUCCAUUGUUCUGUAGAAAUGAUUGAAACACAUAAGUGGGCCGCACCAAUGAUCACAUUAGCAUCUAAAAAAGGCCCUAACAUUUCACUAAAGAAAAACCUUGCUUAAAACCGCAGUUCCCAGUGGUUUAUGGGAAGCAUUCAGCCAUUUUCUAAAGACAGAGAAGAAGGUAGGGAACCAACUUUUCCUUCACCUCAUGAUCUGGGAGUCAGCACUGCAGGCUAAGAAGCUACCCAAAGGGCAAAAUGCUAACUACGAUAGGCUAAUUUUAAGGACCAUAGUAAGAUGUGCCUUUAUUUUGAUAUUCAUAUCUGUGGUCAUCCGAAUAAGUAGUGAUACAACUGUCAAAUAAUAUCUGAGUAGCUUUUUAUGAGCUUGUAGAAAUGUAAUUGUGUUGAAUGAGCAUAUUAUAUUGCCUCAGGUCACUGGCUGCUAUCAAAACCUUAUUGUGGCAUACUUUGUUAUAUCAGCAAAUAUGGUAUCAUAGUCCAAUGAAUAGAUUUAUAGCUUCAAGAUUAACUCUCCAACUAUUUAGCAAACGUAGCUUACUGUGAACGCCUAUAUUUCUUCAUCUCUUAUGUGUUACUCAUCUGAAAUGCUAAGCCUGAUGUUAUUUGUGUAGAGGUUGUACUGAACCAUGCACUGAACAAAGACGGUCAGUAACCUACAGAGCAUUACCACUUAAAAAUGUGAUCCAUCCAUUACAGGAUACCGUUUAUCUUAUUUCUGAGAUUUUUGCAGCCACUUUAGUACAAUGAAAUUAACAGAAUAUUUGUUUCCUCUAAGAGCACCAAAGCAUUACAUGAAAAACACAACAGCAGGUUCAGGUCUGCGAAUGAAUAGUGGGAAAGUAAACGAUUCCUAUAUCAUGAAAAUAAAGCAGUUAACACUUAUUUAAUCUCACUCUAAAGCUUUUUCUUUAUGCCUCGUGUAAAAUGUGCAAUCUAAAAUAUUCAGCUUUGUUGCUAUGCUUAUGAACUUUUCUUUUUCAUACAAGUGUUUCCUUAAAGUUUUGUUGAUCAGAAAAAAGUCCUCUUAUCAGAGCAGCUUUCAUUAUUUAGAUGAUUGUUGUGUUCCUGUAUCUCUUGUUGCGCUGUACUGUGCAUUUGUAUAAUCAUUAAAGUAUUUCUUUUUAAAAAA